UUCUUGAGCUGUCACUUCUAUUAUUCUGUCAUUCAUUAUGACUUGUCAAAUCCAUCAGAUUUGUCUUUAAAUUCUUUGUCCGAGUCGUGUUUAAGUUAAUAUUUUUGCUGUAACUUAUUGGAUUUAAUAUAAUUGCAUUGUUUCUAGUUGAAUUAAAACUAGAGAAUGGGAGUAGCGAUAAGCACAAGUGGAGAAUAUAGAAAACUUCAUCACAUCAGUAAUUUAAAUCGUGCAAAGAAGUUUACUCCUAUACAUGCAAGGAAGGGAGAAGUUAGAUUACUUAUUUCAAGAUGUAAGAGUGUUUCUGUUUCAGACCCAUCCUUAGGUGAAGACUACCAGCAUUUCAAAAAGAGCCUGAUUCCUACAUUCCACUUUCAAAACUCCCUACCUCGUCUUCCUAUUCCUGAGCUAGAGAAGACAGGUGAAAGAUACCUCAGAUCUCAGCAGCCUCUGCUUUCUGAUGAGCAAUACAGUAAAACUAAAUCAUACGUGGAAAAGUUUGUAAAAAGUGAUGGCAUUCAAUGUCAGAAAACCCUUAUUGCAGAGGACAAGGCUAAUAAGCAUACAAGCUAUAUCACCAAACCUUGGUUUGACAUGUACUUGACAGAUCGAACUCCACUUCCUAUCAACUACAAUCCUUUUUUGGUGUUUGCUAACCAUCCGAAAUCAGAGUUCAACUCGCAAGUCAUCAAAUCAGCAAAUCUGAUCAUAUCAUCUCUAAGGUUCUACAACUCUUUGCGAGCAGAAAUACUCGAACCAGAAGUCUACCAUUUGAAGCCCAAGAAUAAUACUCCAUUUUUCAAAAAGUUCACUGCAGCUCUUCCAAGAUCCAUUAGUUGGUAUGGAGCUUACCUUUUCAAGGCUUUUCCCCUGGACAUGUCACAAUACAACACUCUGUUCAAUACCACCAGAGUACCCUUGUUCCAACAGAAAGACCGCAUCAAACAUGUUGAUGGAAAACGUCAUCUUUUGGUGAUGAAGGGAGGUCACUUCUACUCCGUUGAUGUGCUUAGUGAGAAUGGAGACAUUGUAGCUCCAGAUGUGAUAUUGGGUGCCAUACAGAAGAUUUUGUCCUCUACCGAGACAGCUGCAUCUUAUCCAGUAGGAGUGUUGACUACCGAGAACCGAGAUGUUUGGGCGACUGCUAGAUCUCACCUGGAGAGCAUUGGCAACACUGAGGUGUUGGAGCUCAUUGACACGGCUCUCUUCAACCUUGUCCUAGACGAUGUUACUCUUGGCCCAGACCCUGUAAGCAUGACAAGGGCUUUUCUGCAUGGGGAUGGAACAAACAGAUGGUUUGACAAGUCUUUCUCCUUAAUGGUGACCAAAGACGGGACAGCUAGUGUCAACUUUGAACACUCGUGGGGUGAUGGCGUCGCAGUGCUGAGGUAUUUCAAUGAUAUCCACACUGAUAUGCUGAAACACUCUUACGUUCAUCCAGACUUGACACCAAGACAAGAUCCUCCUGUACGCAAACUAGAAUUCAAUCUUGACGAGAAGGCUAGAGAGAUGAUAAGGAACGCUCAGGAAAAAUACGACAAGACUUGUAAAUCCUUGGAGGUCCGAGCAAUGGAUUAUCGCAAGUACGGCAGGCAAAUGUGCAACUCUGUGAAAAUGAGUCCAGACGCUCUAAUGCAGCUUGCUUUCCAGAUUGCCUAUUAUCAGAUAGCAGGUACUCACGUCACCACGUACGAGUCUUGCAGUACAGCAGCAUUCAAACACGGCCGCACUGAGGCCGUUAGACCUUGCACCAUCGAAACCCAGAAAGUCUGCAAAGCUCUAAGUAAAGCUUCACCUCCUAGUAAGAAAGAGCUCCAGGAAAUGCUGUACAAGUGUUCCAAAGUUCACUCAAACAACAUUAAAGAAGCUGCUAUGGGACAAGGGUUUGACAGGCAUCUGUAUGCUCUGAGACUAAAGGCAGAUUCGCUAGGUCUGAAGCCUGAACUGUUUUCUGAUCCUGCUUACGCUGCAAUGAACCAUAACAUCAUGUCCACCUCCACACUGGCUUCUGAAAAUCUUCAAAUGGGAGCCUUUGGUCCUGUUGUACACAAUGGCUAUGGGAUCAGUUAUUCAUUGUGGAGUGACCGCCUAGGCAGCAUAGUGACCAACUACGAGGGUCAGGCUGAUGGAGCAGGCUUCAUCUACGCCCUGGAGAAGGCCCUAGACCAGCUACAAAACAUCCUCAAGUCUUAAUAGUAUAUUUCAUCACUAGGGCAUAAAUUGACUCUUUUCGACACAAGCUCAACUCAUUGUACAAUCUCUGUGCUCUGCAAGUUUUAUGAAGAAAGCCAUGUAACAUUAGUGGAAACAUCAUGUUAAUGGUCAUGCGAGUCACAUUAACAAUAUUCACUAUACUCGUGAAGGCAUUCAAGUACAUUUCACUAAUUUCAGUACCUUUUGAUUUUUGUAGAUUUUUAUUUUGACUUAAUAAUUUGGUUUUAGACUUUGGUAUGAUAAAAGUUAAUACAAGAGUAAAAAAGUAUGAAAAAAGUAAGGGAAUAUUUUGUAGAUGUACUUUGGAUGGCUAGUGUCACUAAAAAACUGCUAUUUGAAUCAAAUGGUAGAUAAAUACUCUUUAGUUUACGGUGAACAUAGAACGGAGUAUAGGUCAAUGCUAAAGUCUGAAAAUGAGCAAAGGUCGAUAAGUAAUUAUGGUCAAUGUGAUGAACUAUUUUUUUAUACAUUAUUAUUAUUUCACCCAAUUAAUCCACAAAACAGAAUUUUUGUAUGUAUGUUGUUUACCUUUAUGAAUUAGCUCCCAAAAUGGUUUACAUUAAGUUUUUCCAUCAAGUACAAACAUAUGUUUCUGUUUAACACGUUUGCUGCGGCAUGUCUCCGAUGGGAGACAUCAGCUACCCCGCCUGGGUGCACAUGCCUCCGAUCGGAGACAUUGUAAUGCGGUUAUAUUUUGUCUAGCUAUUGAUAACGAAGUAUCAUAAAAUGGGAUUGUAUUAUUUGAGUUACCUUAUGUUGACCCAUCAGAUAAUAAACUAUUUACUGGUUUACUUAUUGAUUUAAUGCAAUUUUUUUGUAUAAAAUUUAGGCAAAGCUUAUCACAUUUUUAAUUUUUAAUGCUUAUAUUUUUUACCUGUUUUAAGAAUUUUUAACCGUUUUGCAUGUUAUUUGCCAUUGUUGAUUUUAAACAAAUUAUUUAAUCGUGCUCAAAUACCAAAAUAUAUUGUUUU